AUUUACUGAUCACAUGACAUGUAUUUACUAAACAAGCCAAACUCAUAUUUAGCCAACAACCUCAACAAUGGCUUGGUUAUUCAGACGAAUCUAAUUACUGUAUGCAUAUGUAUAUACAUACAUAUAUAUAUUUGUAUAUAUGCAGAGACAUAUUUCGAAUAGCUUGUUAUUGUUUAUUCACGCCCAGUCUUUUGUUUGUAACUACGUUCAAUGUAUCCAUAUGUAACCAAUGCCAAUUUCUGGAUAAACAUGCCUCAAACACAUUCAGGAUAGAAAGUAAUAAAUUCAGAAUUCCAAUAGUAGGAUAACAUGAGAACUGAUUAUAAGAAUCAUUCUAAUAAUAAUGACAAUAAUAGUGAGGAUCACAUAAAUGAUAAUGCAAACAAAUACAAUUGGUUCACUGUAUCACUUCACAGGAAUGUUGAUCAAUAUUCAAUGAACCAUCCAAAUGAUUCGAUUGAUAAACUAGGUAGACAGUUUACACAACUAGCUGAAGACUCAAUGAAAACUCAUGUAGAUAAUGAAUUCACUAAACAUGAUCAUAUCAAACAAUUGAUUCUAAGUAGACAGUCAACAAUGAACAUUGAUAACUCUCAGAAUCCAUUAAAAGCUGCCAUAUCAUCAACCCAUACACCAUCUAUGAAUUCUAUGGUGCCAGUAAUAGAUAAAAGACAGAAGAAGUCAAUACAUGCAUUGAACAAUACAAAUCCAAUAAUAGAUAAAUGGAAGAGAAGAAAAUCCCAUCAAGGAAACUAUCUCACUAUGAAUUGUAACAAUGACAAACAAUUAGAUUUCAUAAAAUCAGUUAAGACAACAUCUAUGGAUAGUGUAUUGCCUACUAAUAAUGUGAUCAAAGAUGUCACAACAAUUCACCGUUCAUCAUUACAACUAUUGAAUCAUCAUUCUGAGCCAAAUAUAAUUGAAGAUGUAGAGCUAUUCAACAAUUCAUCACAUUCAUUAACAUCAGUUUUACCAACAUCUCAUCUAUUGUCAACUUCAUUGAAUUCUUUAUCGAAAUCAAUAAGGAAAGAGGAGAAUAUUGACACAUUCAAUAGUGAAAUGACCAGUGAUUUAUUCACUAGUAUGAUACAUUCCAAGAAUCAACCACAAUCAUUUCAAUUGAAGAAUCAAACUGAAAAGUUGGAUGAUGGUUUAAAACAGAAUCAUAAUAAUACUAAUAAUAAUAGUAUCAGUAACAAGUAUACAUCAGUUGAGGAUAGAAUAACCGAUUCCAAAUCCAAAGGACUUGGUCUCUAUUGUAUAUUGAAUACAAUUGGUUUAGGUAAUUUUUCACAAGUGAAAUUAGCUACUCAUAUUUUAACAAAAGAACGUGUUGCAAUUAAAGUAUUAGAUAAAAGUAAAAUGAAUACAUCAACUAGACGAUUAUUAAGUCAAGAAAUAUCGAUUUUAGAAAGUUUACAUCAUCCAAAUGUGAUAAGACUUUAUGAAUUGAGAUCAGAAGUCAAUUGAAGCUAGACCACCAUGGAAAAUCUGGAAGCCCUGAACGGUCGCUUCAUCUUAUUGUAGUACUCUUCAGCAAGUGUACAUCCAUGAUCACACCUCUUGACUGGCUUGAAGUUACAAACAUAAAUCAGUGGAUAUAAGCUCGGUGAUUUAAAGUUCGAGCUCUCACCACGAAACCUGGUGUUUCUACAUCUGAUUUCCGGUGAAGUCAAAUUCUAGGACUAAACGGUAGUCCUAUGCUUCCAGGUUAAUGUCUAACUACAAAGAAUCCACAAAAUUGCACGACAUAGUCACCAUUGAAUUCAGCGCCAUUCGUCGACCUCUCUCUCGUCACCGUCGUUUUCGGAAUGCCAGAUAUUUAUCUUAAAUCUCGUGAUGUUGACGGCGAACGUGAAACGAUCGAAUGAACAUUCUGUUUAUUUAAAGUUUGCUUCUGCACAUUAUUAUCUUGGCCGAUGGUGUUCUGAAUUACAUUUCUAUUCCAUUUUAUUCUUUUUAAUUAAUUCAUUUUAAACAAUAAUUUAAUAAAGAUAUUUGUUAUAAAA